CUGAUGUCGUAAACAGGAACUUCCGGGAGCUCUUGAAUGCACAGUAAAGCCACACCAUAGUAAUGUCUGUAGUGUUCAGUGCCAAACGGAUCCAGUGGCCUGCUGAGCAAACCGCCCUGUGUGACAGCUAGGCUCGAAAAUGAUUCCUAUUGCUUGUUAAAUAAAAAUAAUUCAGAUCUAAAAACAGACAUAGCUUAAUGUAAUUGAAGCUUGUUUAAUCAAUAGGGACGCUGUGGCUCGCGUUCAGCACUUAGCUAGCUAGCUAAUGCUAUGCAUCCACUGAGAGAUAGCUCCUCGGAUAUCUGCCUGACACUGCUCUCAUCAUGGCUGUGACUCAGUUUCGCCUGUUUAAGAUCUGCACAUGCAUAGCAUCCAUCCUGUCAUUCUUUAAAAGGCUCAUAUGCAGAACUGGGAGAUCACGCAAGCGAAGUGGUGAUCAGAUCACUCUCCCUACUACUGUUGAUUUUUCCUCUGUACCUAAACAGCCAGAGAUUGAGGAGUGGAGUUCAUGGGAUGAAGAGGCUCCCACGAGUAUAAAGAUCGAGGGAGGUAAUGGAGCUGUUCCAUCCCAGCAGAACCAGGUGGAGGAUGAAGAGCCAGAUUAUUUCAAAGACAUGGCUCCUACUAUCAGGAAAACACAAAAAAUUGUCUUGAAGAAAAGGGAGCCUGUGAAUUUCUCUCUCCCUGAUACACCUACGAGCUUCUCCAGCAGACUGGCAGCCACUCAGGAUAUGUCCUUUAUCCAGCCUUCAGCAGAACUGGGAGACCUGGAAACCUGGCAGGAGGACACUAAUGCCUGGGAGGAUGAGUCUGAUGCUUCAUGGGAGGCAGAAGAAGUGUUAAGGCAGCAGAAGAUGGCAGAGAGGGAGAAACGUGCCAUGGAACAGCAGAGGAGGAAAAUGGAGAAAGAGGCACAGAGAAUGAUGAAGAAGGAGCAAAAGAUAGCAGUAAAGCUUUCUUAACAUUUUUAGGCAAUGCUGGACACUUAAAAAAACAAAAAAAAACAAAACACACACACACACACACACACACACAUACAAAUGAUCCUCCACUAGUAUCUUUCAUCGUUUUUAUUCCCAGUUCAACAUGCCAUUUUUUCCCAUCAUGUCUUCAGCGAUCAGUUUUGGAAUCCACUGACUUUUCUUGAGUUUUACUGAUGUCCUGUUUUUUCCCUUUUAUUGUAUAGAAGCCAAUGUACCUUUUAUUGAAAUCAGUUGUAGUUGGGACAAUGCUAAUAGUACACAUACAGAAGAACCUGGAGCUUUAGUGUGUCUGUAUUUAUAAAAAGACUGUAAAGAGAAUGAGGAUUUUUUUUUUUUUGCCUCAUUAAAAAAAACCUUUUUGUAUUAAUUAAUGCAACCCCUCAUUACGCAUUCAAAAAACAAAUGAUCAGUGAUUAGCUUCCUCAUACUUUUUCAUGAUUGUGGGAAACAUUUGUGAUGGACUCACUGCAGAAAGAGGCCUUACCAAAUGGUAUGUACUUUUUAUUGUUGUCCUUUUUUUUUUUCUUUCUUUUUUUAAUAAAAGGGCUGACAUUCA